AUGCUAAUAAUAAAAGCUUUUAUUCUCUUUAUUGCAAUCAAUGAGAUCAGCUCACAAAUUUGUAAUAAAACAAUUUUGGAGACAUAUCGAAUACAUGUACAAAAAACAAUAGAUAAAGUUUAUACAGAAUAUAAUAAUAUUACCGGUCGUUAUGUAUUAAAAACAAAACCUGAAACAACUUAUAUUCCGGAGGUAAGGUCACGACCGAAAGUAAUUCAAACAUGUUGUCCAGAUUAUGCGCGAGUAAUGAACCGUUGUAUUCCACGUUGUGAUAACGUAUGUGAAAAUGCAAGAUGUACAGCACCUAAUACAUGUACGUGUCUUCCAGGUUAUCAAAGAUUUAAUGAUCAUAGAUGUAUACCAAUAUGUUCAAAUUGCCAGAAUGGUCGUUGUAUUGGACCAGAAAUUUGCACUUGUAUUUCUGGAUAUAUUAAAGAUGAAAAUGAUACUUGUACUCCGCAAUGUGACAAUUGUAAAAAUGGAUUUUGUAUAUCACCAAAUGUUUGCACUUGUAAUGAUGGUUACUACAUGUACGAUGAUGAUGACGAUGAUAAUAGUACUUGUGUACCAAAUUGUUCUAAAGGUUGUCCAAAUGGAUUUUGUUCAGCUCCCGAGACAUGCACUUGUAAUUCUGGAUAUAAAAUUAAUGAAGAAACGGGAUUGUGUGAACCCUUUUGUCCAACUGAGUGUAUUAAUGGACAUUGUACUGCUCCAAAUUUCUGUACCUGUGAUGAUGGUUAUUAUUAUCAACUACAUGAAAGAUUAGGUAAAGGUUAUUGUAUGCCGAAAUGUUCGAAAGGUUGUCAAAACGGAUACUGUGCAGCACCAGAGUUAUGUUAUUGCGAUAGUGGAUUUGAAAGAAAUUCCACCGGUGAUUGUGUUCCUGUUUGUAAUGGUGGAUGUACAAAUGGUCGUUGUAUUGAGCCUGGACGAUGUGAGUGCUUACCUGGUUAUAUUAAGGCUAAUAGUUCAAACCAAUGUGUUCCGCAAUGCAGAGAUAUUUGUGAAAAUGGUUUUUGCUCAGCUCCAAAUAUAUGCACAUGUAAUGCGGGAUUUACAUUAAUAGAAGGUAGUACUUCUAGAUGUCAACCAGAAUGUGAAGAGGAUUGUAUAAAUGGAGUAUGCGUUUCACCAAAUGUUUGUAUUUGUAAGCCCGGAUAUAAAUUUAUUAGUGGUAGUAAAUCAAUUUGUGAACCAUUUUGCGAAGAAAGAUGUGAAAAUGGUUUUUGUAGUGCUCCUGGAGUAUGUGACUGUAACUUUGGAUAUCGUAAGAAUAAUUUAGACAUAUGUGCACCGUAUUGUGAGCAAUCAUGUACUAACGGUUUUUGCAAAUCGUUUAACACCUGUUCAUGUUAUCUUGGUUAUGAAAUGAUGAACAAUACUUGUAUUCCUACAUGUGAUUCAUGUGAAAAUGGAGAUUGUAUAGCACCAAAUAAAUGUGAAUGUCAUAAAAAUUACAAGAAAGAUAAAAAUGGACAAUGUAAACCACAUUGUAAGAAAAAAUGUGUAAAUGGUUAUUGCUCAACACCAUACAAAUGUGUUUGUAAGAAAGGAUAUAAAAUUGAUUCAAAUGAUUCUUAUAUGUGCCAUCCUGUAUGUGAUAAUUGUUUACAUGGUACAUGUGUUUCACCAGGAAAUUGUGAAUGUAUUGAUGGUUACCAGUUAAAUGUUUUAACCCAACAAUGUGACAAAAUUAGUUUUACUACCGAAAGUAUUGUAAAAAAAUUUUCAAGAACAUCACAUUUUAUUCCAUUUACGGAAAUAAUUAAUACUAGUGAUCCGACAGAAAGAACUGAACAAAUACAAAUUGCUGAUGUAAUCGGUCCAAAUAUUAGAACGUAUAAAAAUGAAAAUUCAAAAAUGUUUUGGAAAAAAUUUUGUAAUUCGACAACAUGCCCAAAUGGAUAUUGUGUUAAAGAAGACUGUUAUUGUAAUGAAGGAUUUUCAAAAAAUAUUGACGAUAUAUGCAUUGAAAGUCAUAUCGAUACUUGUGCAACAUAUCCAAAGAAAUGUUUAUUUAAAUUAAUUUCACUAAUUUAUGUUAUAUUAUUAACAGUUUUAGUUGUAGCAAUAUUAAUAUUAUUAUGUUAUUUUAUAUUUCGCGAAGAUAAUCCAAAAAGAGUAAAAUUGCAAUACGAUGAAGAAUUUCGAGAAAAUCUUUAUGAUAUUCCUUAUCCUCCAAACAGUCAAGAAACAUCUGUGAUAUAAAAGCUAAUAAAUACGAUUUUAAAUUAAUAUUUUUGAUAUAAAGACUUUAUAACAUUUAUAAAAUUUAAAAAGAAAAUAUUAUAACAUUUUAAUUUAAGUUUAAUAAUUCUAUAUUUUUAUGGUUGUAAAUACAUAGUGUUGUAAUAGUGUUAUAAUAGUGUUAAGAUUAUAAUUGACUGCAUGUA